GUUAGCUGUAAUGGGAUGGGUGAUGUUGUGGUUCACGGGCUCGUGCACGGGGAGGUUCGUGGUGGAGAAGAACAACCUGCGAGUGACUUCGCCUGAGUCCAUCAGAGGAAUCUACGAAUGCGCCCUCGGCAACUUCGGUGUCCCUCAGUACGGCGGAAGCAUGUCCGGCGCGGUCGUUUACCCCAAAGCUAACCACAAGUCUUGCAAGAAUUUCGAUGAUUUCGACAUCUCUUUCAGAUCCAGAGUCGCUGGAUUGCCCACAUUCGUUCUCGUCGAUCGAGGAGAUUGUUACUUCACCUUGAAGGCCUGGAACGCGCAACGAGCUGGUGCCGCUACAAUCCUGGUGGCGGAUAACAGGCCCGAACCACUCAUCACCAUGGACUCGCCAGAGGACGAGACGGCUGAUGCAGAUUACCUGCAAAACAUCACGAUUCCUUCAGCGCUGGUGAGCAGGUCUCUAGGGGACGCCAUCAAAACGGCCAUAGCACACGGUGAACCCGUUCAUAUAAGUCUGGACUGGCGGGAGGCUCUUCCACACCCAAACGACCGAGUAGCCUACGAGCUAUGGACCAACAGCAAUGAUGAAUGCGGACCCAAAUGUGAUGCGCAGAUCCGGUUUCUUAAGAGGUUUAAAGGGGCUGCUCAGAUUCUUGAGAAAGGAGGCUACACUCGCUUCACUCCCCACUACAUCACCUGGUAUUGUCCUGAAGCCUUUCUGGCAAGCAGACAAUGCAAAACGCAAUGCAUCAACGGAGGAAGGUAUUGCGCUCCCGACCCUGAGCAAGAUUUCUCCAGAGGAUACAAUGGGAAAGACGUGAUCGUUCAGAAUUUACGCCAAGCUUGCUUCUUCAGAGUGAUGAAUGAUAGUGGAAAACCUUGGCUUUGGUGGGAUUAUGUUACCGACUUCGCCAUUCGUUGUCCCAUGAAACAGAACAAGUACAACAAGCAAUGUGCCGAUCAAGUCAUUCAUUCUCUAGGAGUCGAUGUGAAGAAAAUAGACAAAUGCAUUGGAGACAUCGAAGCAAAUGCUGAGAAUCCCGUUCUUAGAGAUGAACAAGAAGCACAAGUUGGGAAAGGCUCGCGAGGAGAUGUGACAAUACUACCAACUAUUGUGAUAAACAACAGACAAUACAGAGGGAAGUUGGAGAGAUCGGCGGUUCUUAAGGCCCUUUGCUCAGGGUUUCGUGAGACGACUGAGCCACCCAUCUGCUUAACCGAAGACAUAGAAACCAAUGAGUGUUUACAAAACAAUGGAGGGUGUUGGGAAGAUAAGACAACCAACAUUACAGCUUGCAGGGACACUUUCAGAGGAAGAGUAUGUCAAUGUCCCAUUGUUCAAGGUGUCAAAUUUUUGGGUGACGGUUACACACAUUGUGAAGCGUCAGGGGCAUUGCGUUGUGGAAUAAACAAUGGAGGAUGCUGGAAACAUACUCAAAUGGGAAGAACAUAUUCCGCUUGCCGGGAUGAUCAUUCGAAAGGCUGCAAAUGUCCUCCCGGAUUCAAAGGAGAUGGGCUUAAAAACUGCGAAGAUGUGAAUGAGUGCGAGGAGAAAACAGCGUGCCAGUGUCGUGGCUGCAAAUGCAAAAACACAUGGGGAAGCUAUGAAUGUAGCUGCAGCGGAAGCCUGCUUUACAUCAGAGAGCACGACAUUUGCAUAAGUAUAGGUAAGGAUGCAAGAGGAGAUGUAAGCUGGGGGGUAAUAUGGAUAAUAGUAAUGGGAUUGGGAGCAGCUGCUUUGGGAGCUUAUACUGUUUACAAAUACAGAAUCCGGACAUAUAUGGAUUCAGAGAUAAGAGCGAUAAUGGCGCAAUACAUGCCUCUCGAUAACCAUCCCAACUCUCAACCUUCUUCUCAGCUUGAGUUGUAAGAACAUAGUCUUCACUCAAUUCAGCUUCAGACUUCAAGCUUUGAUCAUAUAUAUGCACUUUAACUAGCCGUUUUUUAUUAUUUUUAAGUCCUUCUUA